CAGAUGUGUGUUGCCCAAUCUCCUCACCCAGGAAGGAUACAACGUCCAACUUUAAAGUUAGUGAUACCUACCAGACGGAGACAGUUCUCUCUGACCGGGUCAGCAGAUCAAUAACUGAACUUCACCGAUCAAGAUGGGAGACUGGGGUUUCCUGUCCGGCCUACUGGACAAGGUCCAGUCCCACUCUACGGUCAUCGGCAAGAUCUGGAUGAGCGUGCUCUUCCUCUUCAGAAUCAUGGUCUUGGGUGCGGGCGCGGAGAGCGUCUGGGGCGACGAGCAGUCGGGUUUCGUCUGCAACACCCAGCAGCCUGGUUGUGAGAACGUCUGCUACGAUUGGACCUUCCCCAUCUCGCACAUGCGUUUCUGGGUCCUUCAGAUCAUCUUCGUCUCAACUCCGACGCUGGUGUACCUGGGCCACGCCGUGCACGUCAUCCACCAGGAGAACAAGAUGAGGGAGCAGCUGUUGAGCGCAGCUGGGUCCCGGCUGUGCAAACAGCCCAAGUACACCAACGAAAGGGGAAAGGUGAUGAUCAAGGGGAACCUGCUGGGGAGCUACAUGACCCAACUCGUGUUCAAGAUCUUCAUCGAGGCCGGCUUCAUCGUGGGCCAGUACUACCUUUACGGCUUCGUCAUGGUGCCCAUGUUCCCCUGCUCUCAGACACCCUGUCCCUUCACCGUGGAGUGCUACAUGUCCCGACCCACAGAGAAGACCAUCUUCAUCAUUUUCAUGCUGGUGGUGGCCUGUGUCUCCCUGUUCCUCAACUUCCUCGAGAUGUUCUACCUGAUUUGUACCAGGGUCCGGUGUGGGUCCAGGGCUCGCUCUCGCAAGAUCACUACGGCGGAUAACCCUGCGAGCCUGUCGACUCCCCGAUGGCCGACGGCAGACGACGCGCUCAGGCACAACAAGGUGAACAUUGAGCUGGAGGGCAGCCAGAGCGUCGGUGGGAGCCUGGAUGGAGCCAAAGAGGAGAAACGACUACUGAGUGGUCAUUAAAAAACAACAUCUACAUCUACAUCUAAGAGACUAAAGUAAAGAGUUCACUGUAAAUUAUUU